AUAAAAGCAAGAGAGAGAAACCUGGGAAUGAUGUUUUAGUGAGAGAAAGUAAGAAGAAGAGAUCAAAAUCAAACCCCUCUCUCUCUCUAUCUCUCUCUCUGUGUACAAAUUUCUUCUUGGGAAUUUGCAAUAUCACUAAUCUCUCUCUCUAAACAUCACCGCUGCACCGCAACUUCACUCCAUAACCGCAUAUACAUACACACAUAUAGAUACGUGCGUGUAUAUAUAUAUAUAGAGAGAGGGAGGAGUAUACGGUUGAGGCGGCCAUUGUAGGGAGCCAUGAGAAUCAGGAAGCGGUUUCCUCAGCCGUCAGAUCCCCAGCUUAAUCUCUCAGUUAUGGCGGUGCAACGACGACAGCUGGCACGUGAAUCUCCGAUAAUACUGCCUCCGCCGCCCUCCGCCGCCGCCACGGCCUGCUGCUCUCCGCCGCCUCCGCCUCAUCCUCCGAUUCCGCCGCCCGAUCACCCGGCUCCGACCCGAAUCCCGAACCCGACAUCGGUUUUCUCCGGCAGCGAUUCCUGCGAGCGCAAAAUGGAGCAAAAGGGAUUGGAGGCGGUCAAAGAGGAAGAAGAAGAAGAUGAUGAGAGAAUUACUACUGGUGGUAAUGAUUCAAAGAAAGAUGGCAUCUCUAUUGCACUCCAAGAUUCGUUCAUCUCCCAACCCUUCUCUUCUUUCCAUCAAGAUGGGAGAUGGUGUGGAGGAGAGAGAGAGGUGCCAUUGAAGAAGAGGAGAGGUAAUGGGUUUGAAAAAUACGUAGUGGGGAAAGAAACAACGAAUAAGCCGCCUAAGAUGAAGUCGAAAACCAACAAAAAAUGCGUGCAGGAAACUGGGAAUAGUGGCGAUCAUGGGGCCGCCGCCGCCGCCGACUGCGGCGGCGGCUACCGUUAUGACGCCGUGAAAAAGAGCAAGAGAGGGAGCGAGAUAGUGGAGGGGUCACGGUGCAGCCGAGUUAACGGGAGAGGGUGGCGGUGCUGUCAACAAACGCUCGUCGGGUACUCAUUGUGUGAGCAUCAUUUGGGUAAAGGACGGCUGCGGAGCGUUAACGCCGUCAAGAACCGUCAAAUGGGCGUAUCCACAAACGCAAAAACCAAGCCCCACAACGCCGAGGAAUCUGCGGAAAGAUCAUGGGAUUCCUCGAAAGAGAAACCUUUGUUGUUGGAGAAUUCUGACGAUGAUGAUGACGAUGAUGAUGACGAUAAUAAUGAAAGGGAGAAGCCAUGUAGCGGUGCUAAGAAGAGGGUGAAGCUUGGAAUGGUGAAAGCCAGAUCGAUCAGCAGUCUUCUUGGACAAACAGACAACCUGGUCGCAACAAAAGCGGCAGAAAACGAAGGCGAAAUGAGGGUUAAUUAACUAAUUAGUAUUAUUAUUACUGCAUGCGUAAUUAUCAGCAAAUAAACCAUGAUUUCUGUUCUAAGAUUGAGGUUUUGUUACAAGGUUUAUGGUUAUAAUAUAUUGUCUAUGGACUUUGUUAUAUGGUCGUUUGAUUUCUUCAUGUUUUCUUCUGA